ACAACCCUUUUAAUCUUUCACUAUUAAAUUUAAACAAAAUAAUUCGACCGUUAUAGCUCCCCUCUUCACCUCAACAAAAUCACUCAAAAUACUCUGUUUCAAAACAUCUCUAGCUCUCUCUCAAGAGACAUCAGUAAUACUAAAAUCAAAUGGAUUUUGAAUUCAACGAAGAAAAUAUGGCCGUUGAUGAAGGAGUUGGGUACCCAAAAGCAUAUGCAAAACUAUGUAGAGAUCGUGGAGCUGCUGGCAUUUAUACCCAUGGCCCUCCUUUUAAUUUCCUUCCAUUUGCAAUUCAGCAAGAUGAGGUUGCUAGAGCAAAGCAGCUAGAACAAAUGUUCCCAAUUAUUGAUCCAAAAGCAAAGCCAACAGCCAAGCCAAAGAUCUUUGUCAGUCUCUUAUGGAAGCAACUCAAUCAUCUAGGGAAUGCGGGUUUCGAUCCUGCCGUAAUUCGAGUUGAUCCGUAUGGAAAUGUACUAUAUUUGCAUGCUGAUAAGGCUUCUCCUCUUGCUUGGGAUAUUGAUCAUUGGUUUCCUUGUCAAAGGGGAGGAUUAACAGUUCCAUGUAAUCUGAGGAUACUUCAAUGGCAAGUGUGUAAAAGAAAGCAUAACAAGCUAGAAUUUCUAAUUCCAUGGUGGGAUCUUCAGUUGGGAAUUUCUGUUAACCAGUUUAUAUCCAUGUUUGCUUCUUCAAAUUCAGACUUCAGGCAUAGGGCAUUUUCAUUUUUGUUCUUAGAAGCUGAAAAUGAAGAACUAAAUGACUCACAGACUGUGGAUUCACAUUCUUUUCCACAACAUUUUAUGGAAUCUAGAGAGAAACUCGGCCUUGCUCCGGCCGCCAUUGUUGUAUCUCGAAGAGAGCUGUACGAUACUUUGAAAUCGUUGGAUUACAAUAGGCAAACAAGGUCACAGUCUCCUGCAAUUGCUGCAAGAAAAGUAAGGGGUAGCAGGGACUCAAAAGAAAAUGAGAAUCCAGAUUUUGCUAGAAAUCCACAUCAAGCCAUAGUCAUUGCUAGAGAUUCUUUGAAGCAAAGAGAGGAGUCUCAAAAAAUGCAAAGUGAAAUACAGAAAUUGGAUGAAGAAGUUAAUGAAAUGAGGAGAAAAAAUGACGACGAAAAGCUUGUAAUUCAGGACUUGGAGUUAGCACUGAUUAAGCGUAGGAGAAGGGCCGAAAAGUGCAGGCGGUUAGCAGAGGCUCAAUCUUCAUACAGAACUAUGCUAGAGAAGAUGAUUAGAGAUGCAAUGCAUCAGAGUGUUGUUUAUAAGGAACAAGUAAGACUGAACCAGGCUGCAAGUAGUGCACUUAUGGCAAGGCUUGAAGCGCAGAAGGCGAUUUGUGAUAACGCGGAGAAAGAUCUGCACAAAAAAUUCAAGCAAAGAGAUGAGAUUGAGAAACAGAUUAGGCCUGAAUGGGAACAUGCAAGAAAGAGAUCAAGAAUGGAUGAUGAUGAUACGUUAUUUGAAGACAAAGACCGUAAAUCUAUUCUGUAUUUGCCUCUAACAGGAGGAGGAUCCAGGCCGAGAGAAACACCUCUGCACAAGGAGCUGAGAUUAUUUCUUGAAGAGGAGCAGAAAGCAUCUGAAGCUGCAUUAUCUGCCAUUGAAGAAACUGAAGAGGAACUCGAACAACGUGCAAAAUGCUUGAUCAAAGAUGAUGAUGCUGCUGAUGAGAGUUAUAAUAAAGCAAUUGUUGCCUUGGAGAAUGAAGUACAGAUUGAGCAAAAGCUUCAAGCACUAGAAAUCGGAGAAGGGAAGAGAGAUCGAAUUCAGUUUCCUAUUAUUAGAGAGCGAGAAAUAAUAGCGGAAGAAGAUGAAGAGAGCAGGAAGCAACGCGGGAAAGGAAAUGUAGAGAGGUGGCUGCAGAUGCUGCUAGACACCUCCUCUCAAGAUGAGAUGAAACCUGAAAACUACGAAAAGAACACGACUGAUGAUAUAAUUACAAAGCUGAAUCAAAAAUUCCCACAGCAGCACGUUAAGAAGAGUUCAGGAUUCGACAACAAGGAGGCUUCGAUGCAUGUUCCUGUGAAAAAACAGGCACAAACAGUGCAAAAUGUUGAACCAGCUAGUUCAGGAUUCGACAACAAGGAGGCUUCGAUGCAUGUUCCUGUGAAAAAACAGGCACAAACAGUGCAAAAUGUUGAACCAGCUAGUGAUGGUAGACAUAGUUUUGAAGUGAAAGAUAGGGUAGAGCCUGGAAAAGAAAGGAUGCUUGCAAGGUGUGAAAGUGCAAGAACCUUGCGGCGAAUUCCAUCUUCUCCGUUGCUAAUGGGAAUGAGGAAAGGGGUAGAAUGCAUGAUAAAAAGGCCGAUGGUUACUGGCGACGAUGAUGACUGCUACGAGGAUCAUCUUCAUCAUCAUGCUGCAGGAAACAGCUUCAUCAAGUCAUCCAUCAAGACUAUUAAGAAAGCAGUGAAAAUAUGAAAUGAAGAGUGUAUACUAUCUACAAUGUUUUUUCAUUUUCCCUAUUCUUUGAUAGAGUCAUGAGUGCAUAACUCUUCUGUACUGUAUAUUGUGUCAGAUUUUUUCCAUUCUUUCUAUAUUCAUGUGUUUGUGAUAUUGUUUAGUGUGAGAGAUGCCAAUAACAGCUUGUUGUAUUAUAAUAAAGAGUUUGAUUUCUUUA